AUGUUUAACUCUGUAUACCCAGCGUUAGAAGAAUUAAAACAACCAUUAUCACAAGAUCAAUUAAAUAUACUAAAAAAUCAAUUAGAUUCAGAACAACCAAAACCAACAUCCCAAACUCAAUUUAAUUAUGCAUGGGGAUUAAUUAAAUCAAAUCAACAUAGAUUACAACAACAAGGUAUUGAUAUCCUUGUGAAGCUAUAUAAACAAGAAUCAGAAAUGAGAAGAGAAAUUUUAUAUUAUUUAAGUUUAGGUUCUUUUAAAAUUGGUGAUUUUUCUAAUGCAAAAAGAUAUAUUGAUUCUUUAUUAAAAAUUGAACCUGAAAAUCAACAAGCUUUACAAUUGAAAGAUAAUAUUGAUGAUAAAAUUACAAAAGAAGGAUUAAUUGGAAUUGGAAUUGCUGGUGGUGUUUUAGCUUUAGGUGUUGGAAUUAUUGGUGCUUUAGUUAGAAAAAAUAGGAAAUAA